AAAAUUAUAUACACAGAGAUAAAACCGUUCAAGGAUACCCAAUCCACAACAGUUUUAUCAAAAAAUGAGUCACUUGUUAAAAUAACUGGAGUGGUCGCUAUCACAAAAAACAGUGCUGCGCCCAGCGUGAUUUCCCAGGUUUAUAAGAUAAAUAAUCUUCAGAAACAUGGUGGACGAAAGUGUCAUUUUCGAAAUCCAAGUCGAGAAAAAAGUCCUCGAGCAAGUCUUCCACGAAAACAAGCACCUGAAAGACAGUUACGACAAACUCAUAAAAAAUGAAGACGUCAUCAAGUCGUACAAAGACGAGAUCAAAAAUUUAACCAACAAAACACAAACUUUGCAACAAACUAAUCAAACAUUGAGUGAAGAAAAUGCCAAAUUGAAGACGAAAAUUGAAGAGUUAUUAAAAACAGAUAACACGAAACAAUUAAAAGAGCGCCUAAUGAAGACACAAGAAGAAAACAGAAAGCUCGACCAAGAUAAACUCGAUCUAGAAUUUCAGGUGAAAAACUUGACUAGAAAACUACGUUUGGAAGAAGAAAAAGAAAAGUCAAACGACUUGGCCCAAGUCGAGUGCAAACUCCUCAAAUUAAAAUUACAUGCGAUCGAAAACGAGAAAAAUUACCUCAUAUCGGACUUUGAACGCGAACGCAAAAUUAUAACAAAACAGAACAAGCCACGAGUGCAAAAACUGGAGGAAAACUUACGUCAUUUACGCAAGUGGAUUGAAAAAGAGUCGCGCGAACGACGUCCGAGAGACACCGAUCAAGUUAAGGCCCUUAAAGCCCAAAUUGCGACCUUGGAGAAUGACAAAAUUGACUUGAUUGAAGGUUUCGAGCUUGAACGUAAGGUCUUCAGGAAGAUUCUCAAGGACAACGGACACACCAAUAACCAUCUAUCGUGAUUUUCUGGACAAUAUUUUACAAUAAAGUAUCAAAAAUGAAA